AUGGAGAGAGUUCAUAAAUCCUUUCUUCUCAGUCUAGCAAUCUUUCUGAUCGUGUUCCACAGUAUAACAACUACAACACAAAGUGCGAGGGAACUUGUGGAAAAGAAUGAGGCGCAUGAUGAGCACAACAGGGUAGUCGUUAAAGACCAAGAAGAGAGAGUUGUGAUCACAGGAGGACAUGACGAUGGAAAAGAUGGAGGAAAUGGACGCAGAUAUGGUAGCAAUUCAGGAGGUGGAGGUGGAGGAGAUGGAGGAGAUGAUGGACAUGGAAAAGAUCAUGGUGAUGACGGUCAAGAUCAUGGUGGAGAUGGUGGAGGAUAUGAUGGCGAUCAUGGAAGUGAAGGAGGUGAUGGACAUGGAAAAGGUGGUGGACAUGACGAAGGGGACGGUGGACAUGGAAAAGAUCACGGUGGAGAUGGAGGAUACGAUGGUGGUCAUGGAAGUGAAGGAGGGGAUGGACAUGGAAAAGGUGGCGGAUAUGAUGGAGGGGACAGUGGACAUGGGAAAGAUCACGGUGGAGAUGGUGGAGGAUACGAUGGUGGUCAUGGAAGUGGAGGAGACAGUGGGCAAGGCAAAGAUCAUGGUGGUGACGGUGGUGGAUACGAUGGCGGUCAUGGAAGUGGAGGAGACGGCGGGCAAGGCAAAGAUCAUGGUGGUGACAGUGGAGGAUAUGAUGGCGGUCAUGGAGGUGGAGGGGACAGUGGGCAUGGCAAAGAUCAUGAUGGAGGAGAUGGGGGCGGAUACAAUGACGGCCAUGGCGGUGGAGGCGGAUAUGAUGGUGGUCAUGGAGAUGGAGGGGACAGUGGACAUGGAAAAGAUGGUGGUGGCGGAUACGGUGGAGACGGAGGAGGUUAUGAUGGUAAACCAUACCCAUAUCCAUACAACGGCGGUUAUUGGCCAGGCGGCGGUUAUUGGCCUGGCGGUGGGUAUUGGCCAGGGAUUGGUGGCUCUCCGUUUAACUAUGGUUGGGGUUGGUGGAGGCGUGGACCUUGGUGGAACAACAGGAACGGUGGCUACGGUUUCAAGCAAGAGAAACCAGGCAAGUAG